AUGUUACCUCCACCGAAUGUUGCUGUCUCGAUGGAGAGGUCAAACUCGAUGGAGAGGUCAAACUCGAAGCGCUCCCUUGGAGACCUGUCUGCCCCACCGGCGCUAAAUGCGAAGCGCUUGAGACGGCGAAGGGGUAACCACUCUUCCUUGCAUCAGGGCAACGGCAGCAUGAGCAGCGACGCAGCACCGCGAGAGGCACGAACUAACGGGAAUCUCGCAUGGCCGCCAGAUGGGCAGCAGGUCACCGAUAAGCCUCGGGACGUCGUACUUCGCAUCGAGUUCGCCACUUCAGGAGAGGUGAAGGCUCUUGCCAUCCUAAUGGCUUGCACGCUGCUUGCGGGCAUCGCCGUUACCGCGUACUUCAAGGCGAGCGCACAGAAAGCGGGCACAUCCUGGUACCUCCUCCACUCCGACGCGCCCAACUUCCGUGACAACUUCAUCUCCGGCGUCAUCUGCACCGCCAUCCCCUCUGUGCUGUGGCUGCUGUACCUGGUGCGCGGAGUGUGGUUCCGGGUGCAGCGGCUGCACUGGGAUAUGCGCCGCUUCCGUAUCUACCUGUCGCGGUUCGCGGAGCUGACCGUGACCAUCGUCAGCAUGGCUGCGUGGACUUUCGCGGGAAGUGAACGGAGGUUGCAAACCGACUGCCGCAGACAGCUUCCGCACGACGUUGUUGUGGACCUACGCCGUACGCCUAACCGCCACCAACACGCUGCUCUGCAUCUGGACGAUGGCGGCGAGGGGCAUGACGGUUCACAAGGCCGGGCCGCUGUCCCGCCAGAGAUGCGUCCAGCUCACGUCAUCGGCACGUGCGCAGUUGCGGCGGCGGCGGCGGCGGUGGAGACCCCUCUUGCGGCGGCAGCUGCGGCGACUGCGACUGCGGCCGUCACCGUCAUCGCCGCGUCCCAAGCCGUUAGGCCAUCCAUUGAUGUCGACACCAGCUCCAACAGGGCGGCUGGCUCUAGUGCGGCUGAUAAAGGCCAACUUAUUGUUGGUUGUUGUGAUGCUAGUGGAAAUGUCGUACCCUGCGGGGUGGUGACGGCGCAGUACUUGCCAACCUUGUUCAUUGGAUGCGAAGGUCCAAUCCACGCUGCCGUUUCCGGCUGCAGCUCAGCAUUCCGGGCCGAGGGAGCCGGAGGAGGUAGCGCCGCUUCAGCUUACGGCCUGCAGCACUGGGCCGCCGCCAGCGCACCACCAGCGGGUGCGGGAGGGACCUCAUCUGCGGGCCGUGACGACUCUGACGUACUGUACCUGGACGCGCCCUGGUGGGGCUACCUGGCGCCGUGCGUGUGGCUGUGGGUGCCUUUCCAGUGCCUGGUGGCCGUCAACGUGGGGCACCUGGGGGGUCGGGGCGUCCUCCGGGAGCCCGAGGGGCGCCCCGCGUGCGUGGAGCAGUACCUGGCGUGCAGGCCCAUCGACAGCGCCGCAUUGAUCUCGCUCGGUGUGAUGUUGGCGGCGGAGGUCGUGUACAUCCUGGUGUACCUGACCUUUUGCUUGAGGGCGUUCGCGUACCUGCGGUCGAGGUCGUACGUCCCGUACCGGCAGCUAAACAUCUACCUGUCGAUAGAGGUCCGCAUCCGCGGGCUGGCUCUGGUCUUCCUGGUGUGCAACGACCUCGUACAGGCGCUCACUGUGCCCCGGGUGGCCGGUGGUCGGGACGGACACGCGGCCACCCACUGCCGGUUCAGUCUGGAUGCGGUGCUGGGGUUGUGGAGCACGCAGGAAGCGGCCGUUGCCAAGGGAGCAGCAGCGCGCCCGGCAGGACGCAAGGCGCAUGCAGCUAGCAAGCAGAAGGGGACUACAGAACGAGGAAUCUAUGCGGUCACGAUGGUGGUCGUGUGCGUGGUGGCGUGGAUUUUCAUACCGCGCAAUGUGCAUGGGGAUCUGCCAAUCAUGCAGGAGACGCUUCAGCGCUUCGCCUGGACGGAGCCCGACCUGCCGCGCCAGAGGGCCCUCCGCCUGGGUACGAUAGUCGUACGACGUACAGGCAACAGUCACACCCACCGAAUUGCGCAGCUGGAGGGAGAGCCCAUGUUCUGCUUCGAGACCGCGGUGAAACUCACCUACUGGUGCGAGCACGCCUACUACUACGAUGAGCCCGGGUGCGAGAUGCGCUUGCCGCUGUCCAAACUGAUGGAGCUAUUCGGCCUCGAACACAUCUUGCGAACAGUGGUGGCUGCACCGCAGGAGGUGGUGAAGCGCAACGCAGACAGCGAUGCCAAGGUCAUGAUUGGCUGGAACUGGAAACAGUGCGUGCUCUGCUUCCGCGGGACGGCCUCUCUCAAGGCCGCGUGUGUGGACCUGAAGGCCGUGCUCGUGCCGUACUACCAGCGUUCCUACUGGCAGCACAGGCACAAGGUUGCCGCGCUGGCGGCAGUCCACCACGGCUUUCAGUGGAGCUGGACCCACGGGAGCUUCCACUGGGAGGUGGUGGACUGGGUGCGGGGCUACCGGGAGCGGCACCCGCACGGCAAGAUCAUCGUAACAGGCAGGUGGUCCCUCGCGCGGUGGCACUCUCUGGGCGGUGCACACGCGGUUUUGUGCGCCCUGGACCUGGCUCGUGAGCUUGGGGAGGUCGGAAAGGCGGGUCUGCCGUACAGCCACCUGGUGUGCUACACUUACGGGGCCCCGCGGGUGGGCGACCACGCCUUUGCGAGGCUGUACAACAAGGUAGUGACUGAGACAUGGCACGUCAUCAACGGCAACGAUAUGGUGCCCCUCACACCCAAGUACGUUGGCUGGUUCGUGUACAAGCAGCCCGGACACAAGGUCAUUGUAAAGCGCCGCGGGGACAUCGUGGUGCGACCUACCUUCAUUGAAAACGCGGUGCUCAGCGCAUCUGACAUUGCGGCGGGUUCAGGUAUGUCGGCAGACGGACACACAUACACAUACACAGCUAACCUGCGAGCUGACCAGGGACGGAGUUGGGUCGCCGUUGAUCCGGCAGAUUCCGUAGGAUGCAGGUGGCUGCCCGGGUCCCGCAGCUUGCGGCAGCACCUUCUGGGCUCCUACCUUCGGUCCAUGAUGGCGGUGCUCCGGAGCCAGACACGCGGCAAGCACAUUGAGGGCGGAGUGCGGGGCCUGCUGCACCUCAGCAGGUAUGGGGGUGGGUGGGUGGCACCGGCGGCGACGGCGCCCGAGGCUGGGGCAGUAGCAGCAGCAGCAGCAGGGCCGAAGGUUCAAGAGGCGCUUCACCUCCUGGCACGUCACAACUCCCUGCGGUUGCUCCUGGACCACCCGGUCGAUGCUCCGGUAGCGGCUGCGGGGACGCCGACGCCGACGCCGAUGCCGGCAGCGGCAGCGCAUCCGCCGCGUGUCUCCAUCCAUUCUCUCGUGGGGGACAUCCACCCGCGGCACUUGCUACUGGGCGUAAUGCGCCGCAUCGAUUUGGGUAUGCAGCUUUUCGGCGUGGAGACAGGUCUCUCAGAGGGAGACGAUGCGGAGGACAAGAACGAUAUCCGCCUUGGCGGCCGUACCAGCGGCGGUUGCGGCGGUCGCGUUAGCGGCGACGCCGGCGAGGGGACGUUGUCAGAGGCGGCGGACCUGGCGGCGUUCGAGAGGGCAGCGGCGAGCCACGACGCUGCGCGGGUGCGAUACCGGCGGCUGAAGGCGCGACGGGCUCGAGAGCAACCAGGGGGAGGAGGGGUGCUGGCUGGAGGGGCUGGACGGGGCCGGAGACCGUUUGCGAGGUCAAGUGCGGCGGCAGCGGCGACCGCAGCGGCGGCACAGCCGGCGGCGGCGCCAGCAGGCCUAGCGGUGGCGGGCCUUCAGGAUUGCCAGUCUGAGCUCGUUUCCACUGUGCCACACAUCGAAUCCGGGGGACAGACAAGCGGCCAGCGAGUUCAACCACCGCCAUCACCACACGGACUGCCAGCACAGCUAAGCCACCUUAAUUGCACCAGCCUUGGAGUUGUUGCCGGUCGUCGUUGUGGCCGCGGCGGCAGCGGCGGCGGCGGCGGCGCAGCUGGACAAGCAAGCGGCGGGUUCGCUUCCCACAGCGGCGGUGCUGACGCUGGCGCUGGCGCUGGCACCAGCUGCAGUACAAGUUUUGCCAGGCAGAAGGUCCGUGUCACGCGCCGCCGCAGCGGCCGAAUCGAUUUGGAGGACGUCCGGAGGGACUCUGUAGGCUUCGGAGGUAUCGCGACCUGCACCGUCCUCACCGCCGCCACUGCUGGUGCCAGGACCGUACGAAGACCGGACCCGCCGGUACCGCUCAUGUCUUUGCGUGCGCCGCCAUCGGUGAUGGUGGUCUGCGGGUCCGAAGAGGAAGCGCCUUCGCAGGCGGCGGCGGUGCAGGUGGAGGUGCAGGUGGAGGGGGGAAGCGAAACGUCGAGACGAGGUUUCGGAGCUGCGCCAUCUCCGGCUGCAGCUGCAUCCCUGUUGCGCCCUGAGGCAUCACGAGCCGGGCUGAUGGCAGCGAUGGCAGCGGCAUCAGGGCCUGUUGCAGAAAGCACCAUAGACCAGGUGGCUGACGGCCCCAGCCCCCCGCACGGCGGUAGGGGUGAGGGAGCAAACGGGGUCCGUCACAGCUGGGGGGGGGAGGACAGCAGCGGCGGCGCAGCCGGCGGCGGCGGCGGCAGCUACGUCAGUGUAUCACGUAAUGACCGCAGUCCAGGAAAUCUGACGGAGGCGCAACUCAUGAUGGAGGCGGCGCUGACGGCGGCGGCCACGGCGUCUGGCUCCGAAACCCUACCCAGCGCGUUGAGAGCGAUUGCUGGAUCCAGGAAUUCGUGCAGGAUGUGCGAUCCUGUGGUUGUGGUGGUUUCGGAGGCAGCCCGGCGCGUGGUUCCGGAGCUUGAUCUGGGUCUGCUAGGGAGGCGGCUGCCUUCGCCCACUCCACCGCUCCAACACACGUCAUCGCCGGGGCAAGGAGCUGCUGCCGGGGGGAGUCCGGGGGAUAUCGAGAACGGUAUCGGCGGCAGCGGCGGCGGCGGCGGCAUAGAUCCGUGA